AGAGGUGAUGCACUGCUGAAGACCCGCGCCCCCACUCAGUGCCUUCGCUCUAGAAUGGGGCCAGCUUGGCUUUGGCUACUGGGAACAGGGAUCCUGGCCUCUGUCCACUGUCAAUCCCUUCCUGCCCAUGGAGAUAAAAGUCUGCAGGGGCCUCAACCCCCUGGGCAUCAGCUCUCAGAGCCAGCCCCCGCCUACCGCAGAAUCACACCCACCAUUACCAAGUUUGCUUUGCGUUUGUACAAAGAGCUGGCAGCAGACGACCCUGGAAACAUCUUCUUCUCGCCGGUGAGCAUCUCUACCACACUGGCCCUGCUCUCUCUUGGGGCCCAAGCUGACACCUCAGCUCUGAUCCUGGAGGGCCUAGGAUUCAACCUCACAGAAACCCCAGAAGCCAACAUCCACCAGGGCUUCCGGAGCCUCCUCCACACCCUUGCCCUGCCCAGCCCCAAACUCGAACUAAAAGUAGGAAACUCCCUGUUCCUAGACAAGCGACUAAAGCCUCGGCAGCACUAUUUGGACAGCAUCAAGGAGCUUUAUGGAGCUUUUGCCUUUUCUGCCAACUUCACAGAUUCUGUUACAACUGGGAGGCAGAUUAAUGACUAUGUGAGAAGGCAAACAUACGGGCAAGUCGUGGACUGCCUCCCAGAGUUCAGCCAGGACACACUCAUGGUUCUUGCCAAUUACAUCUUCUUCAAAGCCAAGUGGAAGCACCCUUUCAGUCGCUACCAGACCCAGAAGCAGGAAAGUUUCUUUGUGGACGACAGGACCUCUCUCCAGGUCCCCAUGAUGCACCAAAAGGAAAUGCACAGAUUCCUCUAUGACCAGGAGUUGGCUUGCACCGUCCUCCAGAUAGAAUACAGAGGAAAUGCCCUGGUGCUUCUGGUCCUCCCUGACCCGGGAAAAAUGAAGCAGGUGGAGGCCGCUCUGCAGCCAGAGACCCUGAGAAAAUGGGGCCAAUUGCUCCUGCCCAGUCUGUUGGAUUUGCACUUGCCAAGAUUUUCAAUUUCUGGAACGUAUAACCUGGAAGACAUACUUCCCCAAAUUGGUCUCACCGACAUACUCAACUUAGAAGCUGACUUCUCAGGAGUCACUGGGCAGCUCAACAAAACCAUCUCCAGGGUGUCACACAAGGCGAUGGUGGACAUGAGUGAGAAGGGGACCGAGGCCGGAGCUGCUUCAGGCCUCCUCUCCCAGCCCCCAUCUCUGAACACCAUGUCAGACCCACAUGCCCACUUCAACAGGCCUUUCCUCUUGCUCCUUUGGGAGGUGACCACCCAGAGCUUACUCUUCCUGGGAAAAGUUGUCAACCCAGUUGCAGGGUAACCGUGGUGGGAGGCCAGGGGUUAUCUUAUCUCGCCCUAGACCAAACAGAUAGGGCAGCACCAGCCUGCAUCCUGGGGCUGCUAUGUGGACCAGUUAAUCAGUGUGCCAAGAUUCUAAUAAAGUUGACCUUGGGUUCUGUGAA